UUGAAGGCCGCCUUGAGGGAGAUCUGUCAAACAACCUGGAGAUAACCUGCCCCUCGAAGAUGGUGAUAUACGGUGUUUAUAUCGUCUCGAAAUCCGGGGGAUUGAUAUUCAAUCACGACCACAAUGUACCGAAAAUCGAGCACGAGAGAAUUUUUAAUUAUCCCCUGGAUGUCAAGUUGAUUUAUGAAAAUAAAAAAAUUGUCGUGGCCUUUGGACAACGCGAUGGAAUCAAUGUUGGACACGUACUGAUGUCAGUGAACGGAUCUUCCUUGACAGGUAAUCAGCUGGAGGAUGGUCGUGAUGUCCUUGAAGUGCUGGAAGAUCCUCAGAAUUUUCCCAUAACCCUGAAAUUCAGUCGAGCAAAAAUGACGACGAACGAGAAGAUCUUCCUGGCGUCGAUGUUCUAUCCCCUGUUUGCGAUAGCCAGUCAGCUGAGCCCUGAGCCGAGGUGUUCAGGGAUCGAGGUGCUGGAGGCUGAUACCUUCAGGCUGUACUGCUACCAGACCCUGACUGGUGUGAAAUUCAUGGUCGUGGCAGAACCCUCACAACCUGGUAUGGAAAUUCUCACGAAGAGGGUGUACGAACUCUACGCGGAUUACGCCCUCAAGAAUCCAUUCUACUCCCUGGAGAUGCCCAUCAGGUGCGAACUCUUCGAGACCAACCUGGUGACACUUUUGGAGACUGUCGAAAAGUCUGGGAUAAGCAGUGUUUAAUGAUUAACUCUUAAACUUCUUAUAUUCUACAUUUAUGUGACAUAAAGGUGUAAAUAAUCUCUUAUUAAUCUUCAGUUAUGAAAAAUAUAGUUUAAUUUUUUUAGA